AUGUCGCAAGGAAUCUACUUAUCAGACCAGCCUGUGAGAAGACCACAGCCUGCUGGCAACUCACUGGUGAGAAAAAUCCAAAGAGCUUGUAGAUUGACGCUGGACGAACCGGACCUGGGUUUAAAUUUGGAUGUGGCCGAUUUUAUCAAUGCCAAGCAAGGUGCAGCCCCCAGGGAUGCAGCAAUUGCCAUUGUGAAACUGAUCAACAGUCGCGAUACACACACAGCGGUGUUCGCAUUGGCACUUUUGGACGUUUUGGUGAAAAACUGUGGGUACCCGUUCCAUCUGCAAAUAUCGCGGAAAGAGUUUUUGAAUGAGCUGGUGAAACGAUUCCCGGAAAGACCUCCUCUGCGUUUCACCAAAGUGCAGCGUCUGGUGCUCACAGCAAUCGAAGAAUGGUACCAGACUAUCUGCAAGCAUGCAGCCUACAAGGAAGAUCUAGCGUACAUCAGGGAUAUGCAUCGUCUUCUCAAAUACAAGGGCUAUGUCUUUCCAAAAAUCAAAGAAGAGGAUCUCUCGGUUCUCAGACCAGGAGACCAUCUUAAAACUCCAAGCGAGAUUCAAAAAGAACAGGAAAUUGCUCAGGCAGCAAAACUCGAAGAACUCAUCAGGCGCGGUCGUCCAGAGGAUUUGAAAGAAGCCAACAAGCUCAUGAAAGUUAUGGCCGGUUUUAAGGAAGACAAUGCCAUCAAGUCCAAACAGCUUAUCAAUGAUGAACUUUUCAAGUUGAAGCGUAAGGCUGAUCUGUUUAAAGACAUGCUCAGCGCUUCUGACGCACCUAACAUGGAAAAUGAUACCUUAGUGGAGCUCUACAGUGCUUUGAAAGUAUCGCAGCCCAAAUUUCAGAAAAUCAUUGAAGAAGAGCACGACGACGACGCUUUGGUGCAAGACAUUUUGCAAUUCAACGAUACUGUUAACCAAUUGGUGCAGAAAUACAGUUUGCUCAAAACCGGCAAUCCUGGUGAGGCAGCAAACAUUCAGGUGCAAUCUCUUUCUGCCCCAAUACCUGCGAGUCAGUCAAGUGGAGCUCUUGCAAAUGAAUUGAAUCUUAUUGACUUUGGUGAUGCAGACGAACAAUCUCCAUCUCCCACUCCAGCUGGUACCUCUGGAAAUUCUGUUGACGAUCUUUUGGGGGAUUUAAACAACUUGAAUUUUUCUCAGCCUCCACAAAGUUUCGGCUUAGGUGGAAGCAUAGCUCUUGGAGCAGCUCAACCAACUACUCAAGCUCAAACGGCACCCGCAUCAGGGCUAGACUUGCUGUCUGGGUUUAAUGAUUCGGUGUCGUUGUCCCCACCACCCCCUCCGCCUCGUCAAGAUCUGUUCGAGGCAAACAAGUCUGCAUUUGAUGAUUUCACAGGAGGUUUCGAUCCCCCCAGCGCUAGCAGGGUUCAAGUCUUCAAUUCAGAGCACCUGAAAAUUGAAUUUGAGAUUUUAAGACGUUCAGAGUCUUCAAUCAAACUCUCAUCGUUCUUCUCCAACUCUGGAUCCGCACCAAUCUCGGACCUGACAUUCAUGGUAGCCGUUCCAAAAUCAAUGGUCUUGAAACUAGACCCUCAAUCAGGUAAUUUCAUCUCUGCUGGCGUGAAAGACGGUGUCACGCAAUAUGGAUCGAUCGAAAACGCCUACCAUAAUGCUGGCAAGCCACUGAAAGUAAAGUGGAAAGCCACCUACACUGUGAAUGCCACGCCAGUUGAGGAAACUGCAGUAUUCGCCUUUCCUCAAGUUUAG